GCUAAGACCAAUCCAGAAACCUCCAGCUCUCAUGCCCAAGCUUCCUGCUCCCCGCCGACAUGAAGGUCUCCGCCACACUUCUCUGCCUGCUGCUCAUAGCUGCUGCCUUCUGCCCCCAGGUGCUUGCCCAGCCAGACGGGAUUAAUAGCUCAGCCACCUGUUGCUAUAGAUUUGCCACUAAGAAGAUCCGCAUCCAGAAGCUGAAGAGCUACAGAAGAAUCACCAGCAGCUACUGUCCCCGGGAAGCUGUGAUCUUCAAGACCAAACUAGCCAGGGACGUCUGUGCCGACCCCAAGCAGAAGUGGGUCCAGGAUCUCAUGGAGUACCUGGACAAGAAAACCCAAACCCGAAAGCCGUGAACAUUCAUGCCCACAAUGAAGCCAAGGCAGUACCCAGGAAACAAUUCAUUUAUGUUCCUUAUCUUUUCCAACAUACCUUCUGAGAUUGUUCUAUUAUAAUUUUAAAGAAUAUGAGAUUUGUGUAAUAAUGUGAAUCAUAGUUUUUUCUUAAGUAAUUCUUUAUGUCUUCUAAGUUGAUAAUAUUUUAAUUUAAUGUGCUCUGGAAUUGAAUGUAUUUUAAAUGUAAACCCUUGGACAUAUCCCAUGACUUCAGCCCACCAAAAACUGCGGGAUGCUCCCUUCCUCUCUACCUCAUUGUAACGUUGUGUAGAUCUUUGCACGAAUCAAAGCAAAUAUACAUAUACUUAAUUUUAAGAGGAGA